AUGUCUUUGGGUGGCUUGGAUGGUCUACUAGGAUUGGGACCACUACUAGGUCCCCAGCCUUCUCCGACACUAAUUACCAAUCUCAUACCAUCGACCAGUGCAAAUGUACCCAUUCCGUCAAGCGACUCUACGAUAAUUCACGAAUCCACGACCUCUUCACUCCUUACGACGCCCACACCAGCUUCUUCUAGCGUUAUACCAAGCUCGGUCUCGUCUACCAUCGUCGACACACUUUCCGAUGCCUCAACAACGACCACCACGGCAAUUGCUACUGAAUCCGACGCGCCUGCGCUGGGCACUGCCCAAGCAAGCCAUCACGCCAAACCCCAGGGCUUUCUGCAGAACAAAACUCUCUCUGGAUUCGUCUUUGUUCUAUGCGGCCUCGCUGGCCUCGUCUUGAUAACUAUGAUUGGAACGUGGGCGGUGCGCAGGAGGGAGAAGAGGCGGCUAAUGGACGAGGCCAUGAUAUUUGAUUCCGCGAGCAUGAUCGCCGAACCGCAUAAUAACAACGACGGCUCCAAGCUCGAAAGUGGAAUUCCGAGUCGCAGGGGUAGAGGUGUUUCACGGUCGAUUUCGAAGCGGUCGUACAAACGCAUGAGCGACGAAAGCUUUGGGCAUGUCAGUCAAGGGCCCUCGGGCUACGGCGGGGUGUUGCCUGGAGGGGAUUAUGCAGGCUAUGGGAUACCCACCUUGGCCUAUGCUUCGCCGUCCGCCAUUGUUCAGCCGCAGUACCCUCAGGCGAUGCAUGUAGACCGCCAACGAACAUACGAAGACGACAACCAGCCCCCAUACUACCACUACGGCACGGCGGCAUAA